UGCUGCUGUGCUGGGAGGAAGGCAGUCUUUUGCUGGCUAUAUAUGUACAUAUGUAUGAAAAAAGUAAGAUACUUCAGACCUCCAAUGCUGUCUAUUGAUAUGGAAAACAAAGAAAAUGGAUCUUUGGACACUGAAAACUUGGUAGAGAAUGGAAGACCUCCUGAUCCUGCUGACUGGGCAGUUACAGAUGUGGUGAAUUAUUUUAGAACAGUGGGCUUUGAAGAACAAGCUAAUGCUUUUCAAGAGCAGGAAAUUGAUGGGAAAUCUUUACUGUUGAUGACAAGGAACGAUGUGCUGACUGGACUUUCAUUAAAACUGGGACCAGCACUGAAGAUCUAUGAAUAUCACGUAAAACCUCUGCAGACACAGCAUCUCAAGAACAGCGCCUUAUAGCGUAUUGUCAAUUUGGCCCCUUAUUGUGUGUCUCCACUGUUCAUAACAAAUCUAAGUGACUUGGUUUUCAGGCUAAUGAAACUUUGUAAAAAGAUUAUAUGUGUACAUAAAGAAUUUAAACUAAAUGGGACUGAUAUAUAGAUAUAUAUUUAUAUAUAUCCUAUUGGAUAGCUUUAGCAAUAUGCGAUACGGUUAUUGUUAAACAGAUGGAGAGAGUGGAAUUGCUCACUAUUCAGGUACAUGGCCAUCUAAAUAUUCUUUUUCAUCCACUCUUUUGAGAUGAAAGAAAUGUCAAAAGGAACUUUGACGAAACGAGACAAAAAUAGUGGUGUAUAAAAUGUGAGGAUGCUACCCACCGUCAAGACCUGCACGACUUUCUCUGAAAUAACUGAGAGCUGCACAAGACUGCAUUAGUGAUCUAGUGCAACUCCCAUUCAUUUUAGUGGAAAAUGCAGACAAUUUUCCAAGUGAUCAUAUCCUAGCAGUGAAAUUGUAAGCAGAGUUGCAUCAUUCCAAGUCCAUUGACUUCAGUGGACUUGGAAGAGUAUAAUUCUGCUUAUGAUUGCACUAUAGUUUGGUGAGUGAUGGAUGGAUCAGCAAAAGUUGAUCCUGGUUUUUGGAGCUUCUACUUGAAGCCUCAACUCUUUCAUAACGUUAGUAUGCUUUUCUGAAUUUGCCCAAAUCCCCCCAUUUUUCAUAGGGUUCCUAUUUUUGACCUCAAGGUUUGUUCAUUGUAUAUUGUAAUGUGCAUACAAAUAACUUUUCAGAGCAGGGAAGGCUGCUCAGAGAUGGAACUGGGUCAUGUAAAUUCCCACUGUUGUUUCUAGUUUGUGCUAAUGUUCUUCAGAAUUUGAAGGUAGAAUUUUUAAAGGUUUGUGUUGCUUCUUAAGACAAAGUUGUUUUAUUCUUGUUCUAAUUUAUAACUUAUUUAAUAGUAGUUUUGCUGGGGAGAGUGUCAAAAAUGUAAAUCUCUGCAUAUUUUUAAAUAGUGUUUUGUGGUGCUGUAACAAACUUAUUUUGCUAUAAGAAAUCUGUUUUAUGAGUGUGGAUCUCUGUUGAAGGGUCUGUCAGUUAACUGGAGACUUGUUAUAUCAACAAAACUGUUUCUUGUGUUUUGUUUCAAUUUAGUUCUGAGCUUUCUUUUCUUUUGAAAGUUUGAUUUGUUGUGGCAUAGCUGAAUGCCUUUUUUCACUUAGUCCUAUAUUAAAGUUGUAAGAAACACCUUAAUAGGGUUGCAAAUUUUGCUCUAACCAGGGUCCUGUCCCUUUAAGAACUAUAUGAGUAGAAGAUAAAGAUUUUUCUUUUGCAGUAUCUGCAUGUUUGGAGAAGUUUCCGUGUUGGAGAAAUACCCAUUAGGAUGUAUGCUGUUCUGGCUGUUCUUAAAAGCACAGGAGCAUUUCCAUAAUAAAGGUGACCACCCUACCUUUUGAUAAAUCCCACAGAUUUGCCAACCACUUUGACCAGUGGAAUUCUGAGGUUCGUCAAAGCAUUAGCAUUCAAAUUACCCAGAACAAUGGACUGAAAAGGGCAGUGGACAGUCUUCUGAUGGUAUCUAAUGUAUUUUGCUCUUGCUUGCUGGUGAGCAAGAUUGAAACAGCUGGUACCAUUCUAGAGCCAACUUACACAGCCAUUUUUUUAUACAUUGAAAUAAAAAUAUUCAGUUUAUCCAUGA